AUUCAAAACGCAUAAUAAAAGUUAUGUAUGAUUUAAAUAAAAAGAUUUCAAACUUAAAUAAUCGCGAUAUAAUAGUGAAGAGUUAAUUCAUAAAGUGAUAUGUUAUCAAAAUGAAAUUAAAUUAAUUCUUCUAUAUAGGGAAAAGUGUAAAAGCUACAACAAAUAUGUUCCUCAGAUUAUACUCAUUGCUUGUUCUUAUAUUAGAUCUCAUAAUUCUAUUAAUGGAGAUUUGUUGUUCAAUGUUGAUUGCUUUUUAUCGAACUUUUAAUCCACCAUCAUUAAAAAGCCUCAAUGGAGAAGUAGCUAUGGUUAUUGGAGCUGGAAGAGGAAUAGGUAAAGAAAUAGCUGUUCAAUUAAGUCAAUUAGGUGUGAUUAUUGCUUGUGUCGAUAUCAAUCCAGAAAAUUGUAAUGCCACUGUACAAUGCGUUAUAAAACUAUCAGGCAAUGCAAAACCAUAUAUUUGUGAUGUGACAAACGAAGAUCAAGUAACUGCUACAGUAACUAAAAUUAUCUUAGAAAUAGGUGAAAUCACAAUGCUGUUUCAUUGUUGUGGCUUUCCUAGCUCACAUGCUUUAAUAAGAGAACCACCAGAAAUAAGAAAAACCAUUAAUGUUUCAGUUCUUAGUCAUUUUUGGUUAUUAGAUUCAGUGUUGCCAAGUAUGCAACGAGCAGGCCGAGGACACAUUGUAACAUUGUCUUCCGUAGCAGGACUUUCAGGUGGUAAAGGAAAUGUUCCUUUAUCUGCUGCACAAUUUGCAGUUCAAGGUUUAGCAGAAUCUUUACAUACAGAAUUAAGGCACUCUAAUAGUAAUAUUAUUAUUACCUUAGUUCAUGUAUAUCCAUUCAUUGUUAGAGCAGAACUAGUUAAAGAUAUUCGAUUUAGAAUACCUAGUUAUUUCGGAACAAUGGUUGCUUCAGAAGCAGCCAAAAAAAUUUUGGAUGGCGUUCGUAAAAAUUAUACGGAAUUUAGUGUACCAGGAUAUCUAUUAUAUAUUGGAUUUUUACUUAGAAUGUUACCCAAGAAGGCUUCUUUCAUGUUGAGAGACCUAUUAGAUACUGGAGUUGAUUUUGGAUGAUAUAAGAAUAUUGACUAUAUUGUUGCAACAUAUCAUGACAUUUUAUUUGUUUUUUUACUGUCAAUGUAAACGAAUAGGUUAUAGAUAUAUUUCAUCAUUCUAUUGUUUUAAUUUUACAUAAAUCAUAAAUAUAUUGUUGAAUUUAUAUUCAUUUAGAAGUAACAUUUUAGAUUAGGGAAACCAAUCUGAAUAAUCUUAGCCUUGACAUAUUGUCAAGAUAACUAUUCUGAGUAACAAUCAAAAGAUCUUAGCCAUUCGUUGUUUAUCAAAAGUUUAUUAACUAAAGAAUUUACAUGAUUUUUGUAUAAUUUUCAAAUACUAUGUACAGUUUAUAAAAUAUACUCUUAAUAUUCAUUAA